AUCAUAUGAGCAUAGGGCUGAUAGUUGGUAUAUAUAAACAUACAAAAAUCACACAUAUAUUAACAUAUAUUCACCAUGAAAUAUCUAUUGACUGGAUUAUUUAACAUUUAUUUUUUACUCGGUAUUGUUAACGCCGAAACAUGUGAGCGGAAGUCAUCUUGUUCAUGCGAAUGCUCGAAAGGAACCAUUGACCUUAAAGCUCUUGGAUCAAAAGGUGGACCCAGAUAUAAAGAUUAUCCAGCGUUGGAUCAGAUGAAAUACUCUUAUAAUCCAUGUGAUCCAUUCACAGAGACCGACCCAUCAGCCUUCGCAGAUUACUGCCAUGAUGUCGCGGCUUGUCAAGUUAUAGGUGACGUAGGGACGUUCCAAUUCUACGAUACUGGUACACAAGACAGAGUGACGUUUUACACAGAAAAUGCUCAGAAUGUUGGUCUGGAUUUGGAUUCGGACAUAGUAGUUGCAAAAUAUACAUCAGCGGACGCUGCGAGACAAACAGAGGUUCUUCUUGUAUGCAAUAACCAAGACUCUACGACUGCUUUUGAUACUCUCGGUGAAAUUACUAAUACCCCGCCCACUUAUAGAUUUAUACUUGUGUCUCCGGAAUGUUGUUUCGGUGCAGGAUCUGGAGGUCUAAGCGGUGGAUCUGUACUACUUAUCAUAGCAUUUUCCAUUCUCGGUGUGUACAUCAUAGCUGGCGUCAUCAUCAAAAAGGUAGUUUAUAAAGCAGAGGGAAGUGACUUGAUUCCUAAUACUGGUUUCUGGUGUGCACUGCCGUCCCUAAUAAAGGAGGGGGCAUGCUGCGUGUAUACAAGAGGUGUCAAAAGAAAACAGUACGAUUCUGUCCCGUAAUCUCUUUAAUACAAUAAUUAUGUAUAUAUAUUUUAAAACAUUAUGUAUGUCAAAUUGAAUAUUUAUAAAAAUCACAUACCCGUGCCACUGUCAACAUCUGAUAUAUAGUGUUUAUCACAUAUCCAUCCUGCUUUUGCAGUAUUGAACAACCGUAUUUUGACGUGUCGACAUUUGCAUUGUAAACAUAGUGUACAGACGCCCUAAAUGUUAGCGUUACAAUAUAGGCGCGUCAAUGACAAAUUAUUCUUUUUCACUUUAAUAGUCUUUAUUUUGGGUAUGUGAUAAAAAGAACAUUAUAUCCGUGUAUGUUUAUUACUGAAUUUAUUGAACUCGUUGAAUAAAAUAAUAUUAUGCUCGCUAGAGGCUCGCAUAAAAUAAUCCUAAAAUAAUUAAACUCGUUCAAUAAAUUCAGUAUUGAACUUACGUUCUUUCAAUAUCCUCUAUAUGUUUUGUAAAUUUAUAGUAUUGUUUUGAUGAUUUUAGUAGGAUAUCUCAUCACAGCACCAUCAUUUUACAUAAGAAGCAACAUACACUAUAGUAUAUA